CUCCGCCCUCUCACGCGGACUCAAAGCAGGGCCCAGGCUCAGGCGAGCGGAGGCGCAGAUGUAAACAAAGCGAAGCAUGGCGAAGGCGGCACGUGAACUCAUCACCCUACAAGUCGGCCAUUAUGCUAACUUUAUCGGCACACAUUGGUGGAAUCUCCAGGAGGCUAGUUUCGUGUACGAUGAUUCAUCCACCACAGACAUCAACCAUGAUUUUCUCUUCAGGGAAGGCAUUACACCCCAGAAGCAAGAGACCUACACACCCCGCUUGCUGUCCAUAGACAUUAAGGGGAAUCUCGGAAGUCUACCUGUUGAUGGGUCUCUGUACAGCCCCCAGCGUCAUGAUCUCUCGGUAAAUGAGGCAUCGUGGCAUGGCCAUGUCGAGCUCAUAAAACAGUUGCCGGAGGAGAAGAAUGAGUACCUGAUGGACUUGGAGAUAGAGGAUUCACGUUAUUUUACCCAGAGGGAUGAAGACAAGGAUAUCUGCAUGGAUGAUGUCACCAAUGAACAUGGAGGCAAAAGCAGCAGUCCCCCAGCAUCACAGAAGAUUUAUGACCUUUCCAAGUCCGUCAGAGUCUGGUCAGAUUUCCUCCGUCCCCACCUUCACCCAAACUCCUUAUAUCUCUUAGAUGAAAUGCUUCUUCAGAGCGGAAGAGCAGUUGUUGAGGGGAGUCAGAGUAACUACGGUUUCUUAGCAGGAGCAUCUGUUUACCAAAGGGAAGAUGUUGAAGAUGGAAUUACUGAUAGAUUAAGGUUACUGGCAGAGUCUUGUGGCAGUUUACAGGGUUUCCAGAUAUUAACAGAUGUUCAUAAUGCAAUGGGAGGAGUGAGUCAGGGGGUUCUGCAGCACCUAGAAGACGAAUACAGCACAAAGGACUCCAUAUCCUUUGGCAUAACUCCGCCACACCUUAAUCCACAGACUCCACAGGCAAGAGCCGUGAUACAAGCUACCAUCGCACAGUCUUAUUCGGAGCUGAGUUCAUUAUCAGGCGUGUUCCUGCCUCUGAACUUGAGAUCACAUUGUUUGGACCUCCAAGCACCUGUUACCAAAUGGCCCCACUUAAAUAUAGAGGCAAGUAACAAGCUAAAAUUUGUGCCAAUUUUUUAA